UCAAGGAAUAAAGACGUCGGUCGAUUCUGUUGGGUUGUGUCGUUUGCUUUUUAUUGAAUGGGUUCUUUUGACUCAUUCUCUCAGACCCGCUCUCUCUUACUCGCGUUGCUGUUGGGAAGCGAUUUCUGGUCAACCCAUGUCAACCGGCAACAUCACCGGCCCGCGAAAGAAUUGACGGACGGACAUUCAGUGGUCCAAAGCUGUGUACCGCACCAGCAGUGUGCCAGUCCAGAUUCUGCGGCCUUUGUCGACGGUUGGUUUUUAAGUUUUCUACCAAGGCCACGGAUAAACAGUGCUUUAGUGGAACGGUCAUUGCCUUAGUGGGGGGAAAAUUCGACCGCUUUGCUUUUUAUAAUCGAGCAUGCUUUUACAACGAAAUCGAUUCUACCGGUCGUAAAAGCCAUUAGAUCCGGCAAGAGCAGCAAUUUGUAAUUGAUACUAUAGAAAUGUAUAAAUGAUCGAUUAUAGAACUCUAUUCAGCAAUGUUGGAUGAAACUUGUUUCGGGGUUCAAAGAUUGCUGUAUGGUGAGAGUACUUAAUAUCUAGACCGUGUGAGUUUUCUUGAAAAUAAAAAGAAAAGAAACUGGUAGGUAACGGCAAGAAAUGAUUAACGAUCAAGAUGAAACAGUGAACGGAAUCAAUUAGGAAAAUUUGCGCUCAUAAAUUAUUAGACUGUGAUAAUGGAGUGUUUAGCGUGUAAACGAUGUUUAUUUAUUCUGUGUUGAUACGCGCGUUCAUUGAAUCAUAAUUACAUAGGCCUGCAUCGGAAGGAUUGGCGGACGGUGUUAUAGUCAACGAAUUCAGUGUGAGGUGAAUAUCGUGUGAAGGCAAACUAAAGAGUGCGGAAAAAAUAAAUUUUGCAUUUGGAGGGCUGUUCUGGGGCGGAACCGGAGGAUACUGUGUCUUAUGUUAAUGCUUUCGUGAGUGCAACAGCCUUCAGUUUCCCGGGUCGGAAUGAAGUAAUAAUGUCCGAAAAUAUGAGCUUUCAAUCGAUUGCCAACUGUCAACUGAUUUGGUCACACCACCCAUCGAUGUAGUGCCAUUAAGAAGUACAGUUAUGUAACAAUGCUGCCACUUCUCAACUGGGCCUACCUACGUCAGUACAUCGCACAUCGUCACUAUUUUACUGAACAGCCUCCGGUGUUGGAUCUACGACAGCAGUAUUCCAAUCUGUCACAGGUACUGCUCAGGAAUCUAAAACGCAUAGACUUUCACCACGAUGUUGCCAUCGAACAACAGGACAGUCAAAGCUAUCAAUGUCACUUUAACAACGCCUCCAAUAUUUGGAGAUUUGGACCUAUCGCGUCAUUAUAUCCUGAAAUUUUUUUGUCAUCUGUUGACCAAGGUAACAGAAAACUGUUGAAUGGGGACAAAACCAAGGUCGUAAAAAUAAAUUACUUCUACGCAAACGGUAGCAGCUCUUUUAUUAUGCGAUUUAGUGAUAACAGUAGCCAGCGAAGUGCUAACGUUGAGGUGAUUGAAGCUGGAGUUUUGGACACUUCGUGCGGCAGCCCACUUCCAGGAGUAGUCGAUAGCGAUCCUAGCAUAAACUAUACCGUGGCUGAAGUAGUGCCUCCUUCCGAUCCAAUUGGAUCAGGGGAUGCACUAAGUAUGAACAUCACUCCGGCACUUUCACAGGUCUUAUUGGCGCCCACAUCGGCGAGCGGUCCCGGAGCUGUCAUAUCAGCUGCUGUUGCUGCGGCCACCAAGGUUGGCACUGCCAACGAAAAUGCGACAAGCGACGAAAUAAAUUCCUUUUAUUUUUAUGAGACUGAACAAUUUGCAGUAUUAUGGGUGCUUUUUACCGUCAUUGUGCUCGGAAACUCAGCCGUUUUGGUUACGAUGUUACUUAACAAAAACCGAAAGUCACGAAUGAAUUUCUUCAUCAAGCAGCUGGCAAUAGCAGAUCUUUGCGUGGGCUUGCUGAGUGUACUGACGGACAUCAUUUGGCGUAUGACAGUAUCAUGGAGAGCCGGAAACGUCGCCUGCAAGACCAUUCGCUUCGCUCAAGCUGGCGUGACCUAUGCUUCUACUUAUGUCCUGGUGGCUCUCAGCAUCGACCGGUAUGAUGCCAUCACACACCCGAUGAACUUCUCCGGGUGCUGGAAUCGUGCCCGCCGGUUAGUUGCUGCAGCAUGGAGUCUAAGUGCUCUUUUCUCGCUUCCAAUCUUCUAUCUUUACGAGGAACGGUCUAUACAGGGUCGCAAGCAGUGCUGGAUCGAUUUAGGGGAACCAUGGAGGUGGCAGGUGUACAUGUGCUGGGUGGCCAGUUCGCUCUUUGUCCUGCCAGCUCUGAUCAUUUCAGCAUGUUAUGCAAUCAUCGUAAAGACAAUUUGGGCCAAGGGAGCCAUCAUGGGGCCAAGCGAUCGAACGCGAAAUGGAAUGGCUGAUUUGGCCAGCAGGAGAGCUAGCUCUAGGGGCAUCAUUCCAAAGGCAAAAGUGAAAACCGUCAAAAUGACCAUUGUGAUAGUGAUAGUAUUCGUGCUAUGCUGGUCCCCGUACAUAGUCUUCGAUUUACUGCAGGUUUUUGGGCAAAUUCCUGAGACGCAGACCAACAUCGCGAUAGCGACAUUCAUCCAAAGUUUGGCACCACUGAAUUCGGCUGCCAAUCCCCUCAUUUACUGCCUGUUUUCGACACAGGUAUGCCGAAUGAUAAAGCGACUUCCCCCAUUCAGUUGGCUGCUUGAAUCAAAGUGGUGUUGCAAUGGUGCUGACGGGGAACACAGACGAGCACUGAGAAAUGGAGUCAUCAUGAAUGGCGGUCCGAGGCUGCAAAACAACAACAGCAGCGACUCGAUGAGGACAUUAACUACAUCGUUGACCAUUUCCCAGCGGUCCUGCAUUCGCCCGUCCCGGGUUGUCAUUGUUGAGCGACCAAAGGUGAUCCUAGCCAUGUCCGAAGUUUGAAGCUCAUUAAAUGUAUAUCGGUGUUGUAUGUCUGGGUUGUGUGCUGUAGGUUAUAACUAUUUAUUGUCUUGUAAAUAAAUCCGCUUAGCGUAAGUGUAGCAUCUAAAGCACAAGGCAAAAAGCAGGAGAAACUAUAUUUGUGUAAACAAGAGACUACUAUUCUUCUAUUGGAUAAUACAUAUUUUAAAUAAAUUAUGUCAUUGUGCUGUGACUAAUUCGAAAUGGUUUCGGAAAAUUAGCGAAUAAUGAGUGCAGAAAGACAAAACUCUAGGAGAUUAUUUUAUUUAUUAUAAUGCCUAAUGGAGUCAGUGGGAGAAUGGGAACGUAAGCUGUGAAGAAAAAAAUGACCCAAGAAAUGUGGACUUACUCCAUUCAACAUCUAAGUGGUAAUGGCAAAAAGUCACGGAGAAGAAAAAUUUACGGCAAGAAAAAUUAUGUUAAAUGAGCUGAACUGAUUGUGAGAACAGCAGAAACGAUUUUAGUAGCACCCUACGGAAAGCCCGGGAUUAUAAGUGCUUCGCAAACUGUAGCUGUGAAGUUUAAACAUAUAUAUGGCAAAUAUAUUUUGUAUUUAUAUAACAGCAUUUCUAACGAAACUUUAUUGGCUAAUGACAUUGACAUUGUUGGUAAAAUAUGGAAUCAAUCACGAAAUUUUACACCCAUGGCUCCUAGAAUACCACUGAAUCAAAUGUUUGAUUGUAAAACAAAAUUUACAACAACAAAAAAAAACAGAAAUAUAAUAAAAUACACAAAGAUAUCAACGUAUAACUUAUCGAAGAUAUUUAAGCUUUACCUGUUGUAGCAUUAUAAUUUGCUUAUCUUAUUUGAGGCUUUCCGUAGUUGACAGAUCCUACUGAGACACACCACUUACGAGACCUGGUCAUCAGCAACAGAAACUAAUUGAAUAAUUUAAACUAUAUUUAAAGAACAGCAUAACUUAGGACCUUUAUAUCCCACCGUAACGAGGGGUUAUUGCUAUUCAUUGAACGAUACAGGAUGUGAAAUAUGUAUACAUGUCUAUGUGCAUGUCAAAAUGUGCAUAACGUUGGUGUUAUUUUAUUGUACCUAACAUUUGCACCCAGUUGCUGUCAACAGUAGAAAAUAGUAAAAACUGAUAAAUUGUAAUAUAGUGUAAAUCAUCACUUUCAA